AUGGCCAUGAAUUUUGUGACCUUUAAUCAGGACUAUAGCUACCUGGCUGUGGCAACAACCAAGGGAUUCCAGAUCUUCACAACUGAACCCUUUGCCAAGAGCUAUGAAGCGAAAGAAGGAAAUAUCGCCGUCAUUGAGAUGCUAUUUUCUACCUCUCUCGUGGCUCUUAUCUUGUCGCCGCGACGCUUGCAGAUUCAAAAUACCAAGCGCCAAUGCACAAUAUGCGAGUUGACAUUUCCAACAACGGUCCUUGCAGUGAAGCUGAACCGCAAGCGACUUGUUAUUGUCCUCGAGGAUCAAAUCUAUCUUUACGAUAUCCAGACAAUGAAGCUUUUGUCUACUAUUGAUACUUCACCGAAUCCACAUGCAAUCUGUACUCUGGCACCAUCCUCGGAGAAUUGCUACAUGGCAUACCCUCUUCCACAAAAAGCACCUGCAGCAGCAAAUACACCAGCGCACGCUCCGCCUGGAACAACACAUGUUGCUCCCACAACUGGUGAUGUUCUAAUAUUCGAUGCUGUAAAGCUAGAAGCCAUCAAUGUUAUCGAAGCCCACCGCUCUCCCUUAGCACUCAUUGCGCUGAACAGCGAUGGAACUCUACUUGCUACUGCCUCAGAUAAAGGAACCAUCAUUCGAAUUUUCUCCGUGCCAGAUGGCCAAAAACUGUACCAGUUCCGACGUGGCUCCAUGCCAUCACGAAUCUACAGCAUGUCCUUCAAUACGACAUCCACACUCUUAUGUGUUUCAUCAUCAACCGAGACCGUUCAUAUAUUCAAAUUAACCCAGCAAGGACCAUCGUCGGAUGGGUCUUCGUCGCAUUCUCAGCCAGGCCGGGACCAAAAUUCUCCGCCCAAUGCUUCCGGAUAUUCUCAUGAUGAUGAUGACACGGGCGGUGAUGCGGGCUCUGAUUCUUCUGUGCGGAAACAUAACGGCACUUUGAUGGGGAUGCUUCGCCGGACGUCACAGAAUGUCGGUGGUGCUGUUGCAGCCAGGGUGGGCGGAUAUCUUCCUAAGGGAAUGAGCGAAAUGUGGGAGCCAGCGCGCGAUUUUGCUUGGAUUAGACUCCCGCGAUCAAACCCGGCACUCAGUGGAAAUGCAGGCUCAGGACCUUUGAGGAGCGUGGUUGCAAUGAGCAGUAACACUCCUCAGGUCAUGGUUGUCACAAGCGAUGGCAACUUCUAUGUCUUCAAUAUUGAUUUGUCAAAAGGCGGAGAAGGAACUUUGACGAAACAAUAUUCAGUCGUUGAUUCUAACGAUAGGUUGGGCUACACUGCAGAGUACUGA